CUCGAUCGCCCCACUUGCCUCGCUCUAGAUCACUCCUCCAACUCUACACCUCUCUACUCCACCCCCGUUCCAGUCCUCGCAACGCUCGAGAGCUCGACUAGUCGACACCCAUACGGCCCACUCACCCACCCCCACCGACCCGGUGGAGCGACCGCCAAAGAUGGCGCUGUACACCCCCUUCGAGCUUGUCCACGCGCACCUAGCCGAGACGAGUGCCGUAGAGGUUGCCGUGCCCUCGGAGCGCUCCUUUCCCGCAACUGAGCAUGACUACAACACUCCCCUCCACGCCGAGCACGCGCUCAGCGCCUCCUUUGAUGCGCAGACGGGCACCCUUGCACGCUCAGUGUUCAAUGGGUACGCGCUGGAGCUGCGUUCCCUCUCCCUUGUGAUCAACUCCAAGCCAGACUCAUCGCCCAGUGUGCUGCGUAUUGUGCUCCCCGACCCGUUGCGGCCUCUAGCAAAUGGCUGCAUCAUUCCCGACUUUGGAGCGGGCGUUCUGAUCGUGCUCGUCGUCACAACCGCCGACGUUAUUUACCGCUUCACCUUUCCUCUUUCUGGCUUCUCCGACGCGGGUGACCGUGUCAUACUCCAGACGAAGGACACAGACUGGGCCGAAGAGAUUGAAAUCGGUGACGAGACAAUCAACGCUGCUGGCGGCAUCGCAAGCUGGGCAGCCGUCAACCAGAACACUGUUAUGCUUGGCUGCUCGGACGGUGGCAUCAUAAAGGUCGCUCGCCUUCCCGACUCUACACCCGAAAAUCCCAUUUGGACCGCGUCGCACCACCGCGGCCACUCAAGAUUGCGCUUGGGCUUCUUCAGCCGCGGCGCCGAUGAGACGGUCACGUCGCUCGCAGAGUUCGACUACCAGGACCAGAUUCCGGUGCUUUACUCGUUGUCGCGCGACUCCAAGUUGCGCACAUGGUCGAGUGUCAGCGGGCUGUGUCUGAAGACGCUGGACGUGCGGCUCUCAUCCCAAGACCUUGUACCGGCUACCCAGGUGCCAGGCGCGCAACCCUCAGCAGAGCUUUCGACGUCUCUCAUCCGCGUUGUGCGCCAUCCCAAUCCUAGCUCGCGUUGCUCGCAUAUUGUCGUCGUCUUCAUUCCCACCCCCUACAACCCCUCAGUUCCCGGCACUUUUGUGUUCUACCGCGCUUCCCACCCGACUUCUGGAGCCAACGAUUUGGUGUACGCAGGCGAGCGAGCCGGGUCACCGGCUUCCGCAGGCAGUGAACUGCGUGGCUUCGAGAUCCAGCCACCUUCACGGACGGACGCAGCGGACGGAUGGCGGCUUUGGGCUGUAUGGGAUGCCAAGGGCAAGCUCGAGGCCGACUCGGUGCCUAUCAAUGACAUCCUUCAGUUCACCACGUACCACGCGCCACCCACCAAGCCGCGCAUGGUCUUCGACUGGCAACGAGCGGCGUGCUACGACGGCGUGGAGCGUUACGACACAUCGUACUUCGACGCAAUCCUCAGCCUUGACCCACCUGACCCGGCCCAGCCGUAUGCGAACGAGGACAUCUCCGAUGUCUUUGUCAAGCACCUCCUUCAUCCCGGCCGCUUCUCGAGCCUUGAUCUCACCACAGCUCUGGACGACUACAUCGCCCACCUCCCCAUUCUUCUCCAGGAGCGGGCUCGCAGCGUUGUGUACCCCAGCCUGGCAGAGCGUUUCAAAGGCGCCGUCGGCUCGGCGCUGACCAUGAAGAUGAGCCCGCAGACUGGCGCGCCUGUUGUGCGUGAGUUCCGCGCCGAGUUGAAGCAGCAGUGGCUCGGUAUAUGGGCGCGAGUGUGCGAGCUCGACAAACAGGGUCGCUGGCCGGUGGCUACAACUUGCAUCGAUGGCCAACUCGUCAUCGUUGACCGAGAGGGCGCCUCGACUCCCGUGCAGGAGGACACGUCGGCAGUCCUUGUUCACCAUGGACAAGUUCCGCAGCAGGCCGCGGAGUUCCAGACAUUGCCUGAAGGUGCUCUCCGUGCGUUGUAUCCUGCUUUGGCGCCGCCAAAAGCACGCCGCGCUAUCACUGCUACAUGUGUGGCUGGCGAGUCGCUAUCCACAUUGUUGCGGAACACGUCUUCAGGCGACGGCAGCGUCUCUGCGCUCGACGCGUUGUUCAGUCAUCUCGAUAGCGAGCUGUCGGUCCCCGCCUCGGUUCCGCCAGAGGAACUCGCUGGCGGUCUCUGGGACGACUUCAUGGAGCCGUACCUCACGGAGGAGACUCGGGCCCACGUCACACGCGCACUUGCCGAGUCAUCCUCGAUCCCUCGCACGCUCGCCGACAUCUUGGAGAUUCUCUCGAGCUACCCCGCCGCGGCAAGCGGGUCGCAGAAGGUCGACAACUGGUCACUCUCAGGCUUCGGCAACGCCCUGCUUGCCUCGACUGUCUCGGCUGUCAUCGCGAGCCGCUUCGCCCUCGCGCGCGAUGUCCUCCUCGUUGCGUUGUACCACACAGCCACAUCUUCUGACCUUGCUGAAGACGACGACGCGUCGGAAACCCUCAUCGCGGUGAUCGCUCGGGCACAGGUCACUUACCACCGCUAUCGUGUUCUGUCGUGGCUGUCGCAGCGGAGCGGUACUAGAGAGGGUGAUCGUGAGAUUCAGAAGCGGAAUGGGAGAGAUGAUGUGCUUGCCGCGUUCGGCAGCCUGAAGAUGCGCGAGAAUGAGGACAAGGGUAUCGACAGCGACGGAUACGACACAGCCUACUCGCUUUUGCACUCGCUGCUGGCACAGUCCUUGAGGCCGCAGGCACCACGUGACACCUUGGCGGGUCUCUUCAACAUGGCGAGCAGCCUCCUCGCAGACCUCAGCCUCGUGGGCAGCGAACAAUUUGAUGUUGAACCUCGCGCAGCCGACGUCAAGCUCGCCUUUAUUGUGCUUGCCGACGGGCACGCGGCUACAGCCGUAGACCUCACAGAGCUAUAUCCCAUGUCGUCUGGGACGGCAUAUGUGCGCGGCCUGGCGCUGUUAGAAAUCGGGGACGUUGAGCGAGGAGCAAACCUGCUCGAGCGAGCCUCAGCAGGUUGCAGAGAUGGAUCACUGCAAGUGAUCAACCACACGUGGCGCUCGAAGAAGGCGCUCGGUGACUACUUCCUCCACGUGUUAGAUAUCGUCAAGCAGCGAGAGCUGUGGGUCCCCGUUGCGCGGUUCGGGGAACGCGCGCUGCAGACGAUUGACCAGAACGGGAGCGACGCCAAAACUGUCUGGACAAGCGUCUUCCUCGCCUACCUCCAGCUGGGACAAUUUGAGGACGCCUACGCAACACUCACUGACGCGCCGCGGGCAAACAAGCGGGACCUGCUGGGCCAGCUCAUCAGCGCGAUGUGCGAGGCAAACGAGAUUGGGCGCCUAAACUCGCUUGGCUUCAUUGGGUUCCAGAAGGAGGUGGAGGAGCUCCUCAACUACAAGGCGCGUAACAGCGACCCUCUUCGUGCCCCCAACUACUACGAAGUGCUUUACUCAUGGCACAUCAGCCGGGGCGAUUACCGCUCGGCCGGCGAAACAAUGUAUGCGCAGGCGAACCGAUAUGCCGAGGUCAGCUCGAAGCUGAACCGCACGCAGGUCGCGGCGCUGAGAGCGCGCUCGUUCCUGGCCGCAAUCAAUGCUCUCUCCCUGGUCGACAAGCGCAAUGCCUGGAUCACGAUUCACUCCCCACGUGCGGCGAAGCGGCGCCGCGUGACCUCGUACAUCCCCGAGGAGGCGUUCUCCGCGACGGCUUCCACCACUGACAUCGUGACCUUGGCCGACAUGCGGUCAGAGUACCGUGCCAUCCUGUCGCAGCUCCAGCUCGCGCCGGAGGUGCCCGACCUGCUGGCGGGCAACGUGUCGCUGGCGCCGACCGAGAUUGUGGGCUUCUUCACGCAGCGCGACAAGUUCGACGAGGCGUUCCUCGCCGCCGCCGAGAUGCACGAGGACAUGACAGACAUCUUCACGGCGCUCGCGACGCGGUGUGUCGAGCUCUCGCGCGGCGCGAGACGCGACGACGCGCGCGCCGCCUUCCUCCGUGCGCCUGCGACCGCGCGCUUGCGCGGCCCGCCCUCGGCCCUCGCACUGCGAUACCUCCAGAUCGCGCUGGCCCGGCACGACAGCGCCGCCACGCGCUGGAAGUACACUGCAGCGGUGGCCGACACGCUGUUCGCGCUCAACGAGGACGCGGCGGCCGGGUGGGCUAUGCCCGCGUGGCUUGUGCAGGCCGAACUCGCACGGGAUGCGGCGGGGUGGAUUGCGCGCGCACUCCGUUUCGGGUGGGUGCGCGAGGCGGUCGAGUGGAGCGCGGACGCGCUGCGCGCCGAGGCGACGCCUGAGGCGCGGGACGCCAGUGCCGACACGCCGUUCAACCUCUACGAUCGCGUGUUGGCGGCGUGCAAGGACGGCGAGGAGAGCGGGGACGAGCGGCUGCAGGCCGCCAGUAGGGCGCUGCGCCAGAGUGUGGAGCGCCGCGUGGCAGAUACGCGUAAGGUAGCGAAGGUGUAGAUGGUAGACUGGCAAUGCAUUUCAUUGUGCUCG